AUGCACGGCUCGCCCCACAGCGAGGGCAUGGACAAGGAGCGGUCCAUCCCCCUGGCGGAGGGGCGCUAUCAGUCGCCCCGCGCCGCGGCGGGGCGCAGCGGGCAGCCAGGCGGCUCCCCCGCCAGCCUGGGUGUGCAGAGUACGGUCAGCAGCGAGGCACCAGAGUAUUCGGAGAAUGCGCACCUAAUUGUGGGCAGCUCGGCGCUUAGCGACGAUGGCAUGACGCCAUUGAUAUACCCCUCGCGCACGGGGAAAGAUAAGCUGCUGCAGAUCUGUAAGCGGUUAGUAGGCUUCAUCCUCGCCCACUGGUCCAAGGCCGCCAUCCUCGCCGUGCUCAUUACUCUCAUUGUUCUUGUGUCAGUGAAGGGCUUUGGCUUCUUUGGCGACAUUUUGACAUGGUUUCAGCGGCAUAAUGGCUGGGCAGGCUGGGGCAUCUUUGUCGGCAUGUACACAGCGAUGGUGGCAUUGUUCCUCCCCGGUGUGGUGCUCAUCCUGGGCGCCGGCUUUGUUUUUGGCUUUUGGCGUGGCCUGCUGGCAGUGUGGGCUGGCGGUGCGGUGGGGCAGGCGCUGGCGUUCCUGCUGGCACGCUACCUGUUCCAUGGGUGGGUGGAGAGCACGCUGAAGCACAAGUGGAAGAAGUGGGCCAUCAUCGACAAGGCCAUUGAGCACGACGGCUGGAAGCUAGUGCUUAUCAUGCGGUUCUCCCCCAUCAUCCCAUACAACCUGCUCAACAUUGCCAUGGCCACCACCAACAUUCCCUUCUGGCAGUUCACUGUGGUUUCGGCGGUGGGCAUCCUGUACGAGUGCGCCGUGUUUGCAUACUUUGGCAGCAUGGCGGACAACAUCCACUCCAUCAUCAGCGGCGAGGGCGGACGUCCCCCAUGGUUUGAGUGGGUGAUGCUGGGCGUGUCACUGGUCAUGUGCGGGGUCGGAGCGCUCUUCGUUUCGUACUCGAUCAAGCAAGCCAUCAAGCGCGCACAGAGCCACAUGAGCUCGGCACAGGUAGAGGGUGAGGGCCUUGGGCAAGAUGGGGAGCAGCUGGAGCUGGACGAUCCGGAGGUGGGCGUUCGCAUGGAUCGCACAUAUCCCGCCUCGCUGGAGAGGGAGGGCUUUGUGGGCAGUAGCACAGGCUACACGGCGCUGCACCUGCCCAGCAGCCCCGAGUUUGAGCUGAAGGCGGUGGGGGGCACUGGCGGGCCAGCAGCAGCAACGGGCCUGACGGCUGCAGCUCUGCCGCGCGAGAAGGCGCCCCUGCUGAGUGGCGGCAGCACUGGCCUGCUGGCCCUUACAGCUACGGCAGCUAGCGGCAGUGGCAGCAUUCAGACGUUGCUGGCAGCGGCCAGCGGGGCCAGCGCCUCGCGCAGCACCUCUGCAAAGCAGAAGAUUAGCCCCAAAGCCUCCCUGGACCGCGACCUUUCUCGCCGUCUUACUGCUGGACUUGACGGCGGCAGCGGCGAGGACGGUGGCGAGGCGCCGACGGCACGUGCCACGCGACGGCACCCCUCCAUCAGCAGCGAGAGUGCGGUGUGA